CCCGGCUCACUUCUCUGCUGCAGCAAGUGUUGCCGCUUCUCUGUUUCAUUUUAAAGCAUCUCUCAUCGAUCUCCAUCUCUCUCUCCCUCUCUACAAAAGAAAAAUGCAGUACAGGAACUUGGGUCGCUCAGGCCUUAAGGUGAGCCAGCUCUCCUAUGGCGCCUGGGUCAGCUUCGGCAAUCAGCUUGACGUCAAGGAGGCCAAAUCUCUCUUGCAGUGCUGCCGUGACAAUGGUGUUAACUUCUUUGACAACGCAGAGGUUUAUGCCAAUGGAAGGGCCGAGGAGAUAAUGGGUCAGGCGAUCCGCGAGCUUGGAUGGAAACGCUCUGAUAUUGUCGUCUCCACCAAGAUCUUCUGGGGAGGUUCCGGUCCUAAUGAUAAAGGCUUGUCCAGAAAGCAUAUUGUGGAGGGUGCCAAAGCUUCGCUCAAGAGGCUGGAUAUGGAUUAUGUCGAUGUGAUUUACUGCCACCGGCCAGACUCCUCAACACCAAUUGAAGAAACAGUAAGGGCAAUGAAUUAUGCAAUUGAUAAAGGUUGGGCAUUUUACUGGGGGACUAGCGAGUGGUCGGCACAGCAGAUCACUGAAGCGUGGGGCAUUGCAGAAAGAUUGGACUUGUUGGGGCCAGUUGUGGAGCAGCCAGAGUAUAAUUUACUCUCUAGACACAAGGUUGAGUCAGAGUACCUUCCUUUGUACACCAACUAUGGCCUGGGUCUCACCACAUGGAGUCCACUUGCAUCUGGGGUGCUCACUGGAAAGUAUAGCAAGGGAGCUAUACCUCCUGAUAGUCGGUUUGCACUGGAAAAUUACAAAAAUCUUGCCAGCCGAUCACUAGUUGAUGAUGUUCUGAAAAAAGUUAAUGGACUAAAGCCAAUAGCUGACGAACUAGGUGUGCCGUUAUCUCAACUUGCAAUUGCAUGGUGUGCUGCUAAUCCAAAUGUCUCAUCAGUUAUUACUGGUGCUACGAAGGAGUCUCAGAUUCAAGAGAACAUGAAAGCUAUUGACGUCAUCCCCUUGUUGACUCCUGCUGUGAUGGAGAAGAUAGAGGCUGUUGUUCAAAGCAGGCCAAAACGUCCGGAAUCAUAUAGGUAAGCACUGGGCAUGCAUGGCUUCUAGGAUUUCUGGGAAUUAUGUUGGAGAUUCAUUGUUUGGAUUUGUAAUGGAAAAGCAAAGCUCACGCCUUAGUUCUGUUAUCAUUCAAGUGUGUCUGGUGUAUUGUUUUAUCUAGUUUCAUUGCCUUGGAGCUUUUGAAUUCACAAUUGAUUUUUGGUGUCUCAUUUUAUUUGAUGAUGUUAUCAAUGCUGAAUUAAUGAGAUGAGAAUUGGUAGUCUUGAAUUUUGUGUGUUAAAGAUAUCAAUAUUUUUCUAUGUGAAUGCUUUGUUUUGCCUUA